AUGAAAACUACUUCUUUUUCGAUGGCUAAUUUUAUUAAUUGGACUGUAAGUAUUGAUUGUGGACAAUUGGGUUUUUAUCAAGGACAAAUUAAAUCGGUUGGUGGUGAAAAACAAACGUUAACAUUAAAAAAUGCUUUUAGAAAUGGAAUGUUAUGUGAUACAAAUGAAAUAACAAUAAAAGCUGCUGAUAUUGUUGACAUUUGUUUAAUAGCUGAUCCGAAUAAUGCACCGGAAGUACCAAAAGUUGUUAAAGCGCAAAGAGACGAAGCACAAGCCAAACCAGCGCCUGUGGCUACAAAUGGAAAUAAUGGUUCAAAAUCUUCUCGAAUUUUAUCUCAAACAACUCCACCUUCCAAUACUCAAAUUAAACGUCCUAGUCAACAACAACAAUUACGCCGUUCUCGUUCGUCAAAAUCAUGGUCAGAUAGUGGUGGACAAGACGAAAGACCACCAACAUCAUCUCAUCCGACUACAAAAACAACUGUAAUUCUCGAACAAACUUCCUCACCCGAAAAACAAUCUACUCAAAUCAUUGUUAACAAUAACCAAGACGAUAAAUAUUUUGAUUUUGAAACAAAUUUAGCAUUAUUUAAUAAACAAGCCAUUUAUGCUGAAAUUGAAUCAGCUAGUGGAAAUGGUGAACAACAUCAACAGUAUCGAAAUAAUCAUCAGCAUAUGUCUCAUCAAACACAAAAAUAUCGAUGUGAUCAAAUGAUACUUGGAAAUAAUGAUCCGCCUAUUUAUGAACAAAUUAUUUUGCCUAAUGGAACAACAAAAGUAUAUACAACAGAUGAAGGUCUUUUAAUUCCAUGUCUGACUUACGAUUUACGUCAAUUAUUAUUUUCUACAGCUGAACAGUUUGGUUAUACACUAGAACGUCAAAUUGAAGCAAUGGGAAGAUGUUGUGCAGAUAUGUGUUUACAUCUACUAGGAGGAUCACACAGAUUAUCCUUGAAAAAUAGUCAUCAACGUCCAAUUGUUGUUGUAUUAGCCUAUUUUGAAGUUCAAGGUGCUUAUGCGAUAUGUUGUGCUCGAUUAUUAGCAACAAGAAAUGCUCAAGUUUAUUUAUAUAUGCCUGAUGGUAUUAAACAAACAUCAUCUGCUUAUAAAGAAUUACAAUUAUUUAAAACAACUCAAGGAAUUUUAACCAACAAUGUUAAUGAUCUUCCUCAUGCACCCGUUGAUUUACUAGUGAAUGGUCUCGAUAGUGUUAAUGAUCAAGUUUUAUUUGCAAAAAUUUGGUAUCGUGAUCUUGUUUCUUACUCAAAUCGUUUACAAGCAAAUAUAAUAGGAAUUGAUCCGCCUAUGGAUGGAGGAGCUAUUGGUUGUAAAUGGUCAUUGUUACCUGUACUACCGUUGCAUAUGUCAAAAAAUGUUGGAAGAUUAUAUCUGUGUGACUUAGGUUUUGGUCGUCAAGUAUAUGAACAUUGUCAAAUUCAAUAUCAAUCACCGUUUACUAAAUCGUUUAUUCCACUUCAUGAUGAUCAAUAA